AGCACUACGCCGUUGUCAGUGACGCAUGCGCAGUUUUACCUUCAGAAUGUGGCAGAGCGUUUUCAAGCCUUUACAGAGGACACGGCGCCACUGUGUUUUAAUCUCCAAAGCGUGUGUCCGACAGCAGCACCGUCCAAACAGUCAGUCUGCAGAAAUCUCCUAUGAUGGAUUGUAUCCUGGACACAUUCCUACAAAUCCCAUCCAGAAAAUCCUGCUGGCUGUUGGUUCUGGCGUGGCUGCACUUCAGGACCCUUACAGACAUGAUAUGGUUGCAGUGCUCGGAGAGACAACAGGGCAGCUGGCACUGAUCAGUCUCAGGGACAGGAUGAGAAACGACCCAGAGGGCUAUAUGGUUCUAACAGAAAGGCCCAGGAUCCGGCUGUCUACGCUUGAUCUGAAUGCGAUGGCCUCAUUGCCUGACUCCUCUUUUGGGAAAGAGUACAUCCGUUUUCUGGAGGACAAUCGCGUGACCCCUGACACGAGGGCAGAUGUGAAGUUUGUGGAUAACGAGGAGCUGGCUUACGUGAUGCAGAGAUACAGGGAGGUUCAUGAUUUUAUGCAUGCCUUGCUUGGCAUGCCCACAAACAUGCUGGGUGAGGUGACAGUAAAAAUAUUCGAAGCUGCUCAAACCGGACUCCCCAUGUGUGUUCUUGGAGCCGUGCUGGGGCCACUUAGGCUCAACACAGGUAAUUUGCAGUCAUUGUUCACAUCCUUGGGCCCGUGGGCCCUGCAGAACGGCCGACAGGCCCGCUGCGUCCUCAGCAUCUUCUACGAGAAACGAUGGGAGCAGAACAUGGAAGACCUCAGAGAGGAGCUCAACAUCCAGCCACCUCCCAUCAUUCUCAACGCGUCCAAAAAGAGGAACAGCUGAGAAAACACACCAAUAAAAUUCACAGGUCUGGGAUUUCUGAGUAAAAGACUUUGGACGGCGGACAAACUGGGGAUAGAAGAUUAGUGUGAUAAGGAUGACGCCGAGGAAAUUAGUAAUUUUCAGUGGAAACACAUUGUGCAAUUGUGGCUUGUGCACUUAAAUUGCAUUUCCCAUCAUUUAGCAGUCAACUUUAACUUGA